GCAGGCCCCCGGCAGGUUGAUGGCUGGGCAGCGCAGGGCAGGAUGCGGCCGCUCUCCAGCGCCGUCGGGGUUCGCAGUCUUGCGUCAGCCCUGGCUCACCAAACUCUUCCUUUUCCCUUAAAGCUCAGCCGUCGAUGGAAGAAGUGGUACCAAAGUGGCCAUUAAGAAACUGUACCGCCCGUUUCAGUCUGAACUCUUUGCCAAACGAGCCUACCGAGAGCUGCGCCUCCUGAAACACAUGAAGCACGAAAACGUCAUUGGAAUACUGGAUGUGUUCACACCAGAUGUUACACUGGAGAAGUUUAAUGACUUCUACCUUGUCAUGCCAUUUAUGGGAACAGACUUGAGUAAGAUAAUGAAGCAUGAGAAACUAACUGAAGACCGAAUCCAGUUCCUGGUAUAUCAGAUGUUGAAAGGCUUAAAGUAUAUUCACUCAUCAGGCAUAAUUCACAGGGAUCUAAAGCCUGGAAACUUGGCAGUAAAUGAAGACUGUGAAUUGAAGAUUCUGGAUUUUGGAUUGGCAAGGCAUACAGACAGUGAGAUGACCGGUUAUGUGGUUACAAGGUGGUACAGAGCCCCAGAGGUUAUACUUAAUUGGAUGCAUUAUACGCAAACAGUUGACAUCUGGUCUGUGGGCUGUAUAAUGGCUGAGAUGAUAACGGGGAGGCCUCUGUUCAAAGGAAAUGAUCAUCUGGAUCAACUCACAGAAAUAAUGAAAAUAACAGGUACACCAACUCAAGAUUUUGUUCAAAAAUUGCAGAGUCAAGAUGCAAAAAACUAUAUCAAAAGCCUCCCAAAAGUCCAGAAAAAAGAUUUUGCAUCCAUCUUGAAGUAUGCAAAUCCCUUGGCUGUAAACCUUUUGGAGAAGAUGCUGGUGCUGGAUGCAGAGAAGCGCAUCACAGCAGCUGAGGCUUUGAUGCAUCCUUACUUUGAACCAAUUCACGAUCCUGAGGAAGAAACUGAAGCUGAGAAAUAUGAUGACACAUUUGAUAACAUGGAUCUUCCGCUAGAUGAGUGGAAGCGCAUUACAUAUAAAGAGAUACUGAACUUCAAGCCACCGCAGACAUUGGAGUCAAAGGAGACAGCAGUGUAAUUGCAUGAUGCGGUCUUUUCAGAACUCAGAAGAAAGCAGGAAAGUUGUAAAUGUUUGUGAUAUUUCAGGUGUAUAAAACUUUUAUAAAUAAACUGGAUGUAAUCUGCUUCAUCUGCACUGUAAGAAAGAGCAAUGUCUUUUACUCUGCAUGUAGAAGUUGAUGCCUUUGGAAGUAGCAUUUCAAAACUGUCCAGAAACUUAUUCUUGCCUACAACUUCUUCCUUCUGCACAAAAGGAUUCAGACUGUGAUAACCUGGUGCCAUCCUCAAAAGAGCAGGUAGGACUAAUUCUUCAACUCAGAGAUCAGAAGAGUACAAGUUACCACCCUAAGCAAGUUGAGACACAGAACAUGUCAGAGAAGUGCCAUGACUGCUCUCCAAGGCCACUGAAGGAAGUAUUCGUGUGACUUCCUCUGGAAUAUUUCACCUCGGUAAGAUGCCUGGGGAGGCUGGUCUGCUUCUGCUACUUCAGCUAGCGCGGCGGGUAGCAGAGAUGCAGCCCAAAUUAAUGCCUGUAUCCCUUGUCCUAUGUGGGUGGAAGAGAACCUGAGCUCCAGCCAUUUUUGACAGAUCUGGGCUAGAGGCAAGAAGCAGAGAAGUGUUGAUGUCCUGGAUUUUUUCAACGUAACCAGCACAUCAGGACAAGAUUUGACAAAUGCACUGGAUGAACAAACAGUCACUGUCCAGGGGUACAAUAUUUUCCUCUGAAUACAGUGCAGGCUUUUUGUGUAAUAGACUAGGGAUCGAGGAUUUCCAGGGAGAAAUUCUUAAGACUUUCUAAAAUUUUGUAAUCUCUCUAGCAUCUUAGUAUUUAAAUGAUCACUAAAAAGGUACCUCUCAGAGGACGUACUGGUUAUAGAAUCAGCAGUGCUGCUUUUAGAAAUAGAGCUGCACAUGGGUCACGUUAUAGAAAACAAAAUGAGGAUAAAAAUGCUAUGCUGCAGCUGUUCAUUGGGAAUACCUGCGGCAAGCUAUUUUGUUCACAGUGUAUAGAGGUGUUGCCUGGUGCAGAAUAACAACCAUUCCUUUUUUUAGCCCUUUGAACUCAUCUUACUUGGGGAGGGGGGGAAACCUUCAGACCUUCUGUUGGGAGGUGCCUUACCAGAGGGAGCCAGCUUCCUGAUGGGAUAUCGGACACUUCAUGAGUUCCUCUUAUUGACUGGAUUCAUUUAUUGUAUUGUCCUUUGGCGAAGAAUUUCUCUGUGAGAUUGCUUGUCCUUGUUAAAGGUAAUCUCUUUACAGUUGACUAUUUGAAUGUGGAUUAUUCCCAAUGCAAUAUGCUGUUGUGUGUUGCUACGAAGUGAAAACAGUUGUGAAGAAAGACAUUUGAUCUUACCCGCUAAUAACUGAAAAAGAAGUAAGAAAUUACUUGGGGUUUUUUGCUUUAAUAACCAUUUUAAGCCAGAAGUUUAGUCAAGGCACAGUUGUGUUGUUUCUUUCAAUGAAUGUUUAACACCUGUAAAUAUUAGCAUCUGUUUAGAAAUUGUGAUAAGCAUUGAUUAGCUGAGAUGGGCACCUAGAGAGACUAAAUGGUAAAAGAAACCUUGAAUUAUUGAUGUAUGUGACAAGUCAUUAAGAACUAUAGUUUCAGGAAUGCAUGCAAAAAAAAAGAAGAGAAUGUAAUUUGAAACAAAACGUUUUUCCACACUACAGGUCACUGAGGAAGGCACGCUUCUUAAGAGUCAUACCCCAUUGUGCACUAUUGACUUUUGGACUACACUGUUACGUUAAAUAGGAACUGGAACCGUGUUUUUUACUGAACAUCAGAGAACUGAUGUUUUCUCUUUUAGGAUCAUGCCCUGUGGUCCUCUUAAAAUUCAUUGGAGAAGAGUGCCUAUUGGAAUUGGUGGGUUUGAUAGACACAGUCACGGGCAAUGGAAGAAUGUCAUAAGCUUCUUUGAAAAUGCUCCCUCUGUAUUUUAAAUGGAAUUUCAGCAUCCUAAAUUCUGGCAAAUGUCUAAAGUCUUGUGAUAAUGUAAAUGUCUCAAAUGUUAGACUUGAGGGAGCAUGUUUUUUCACUGAAAAAACAGUUUGCAUUUUCUUUGUAAAUGCCAACACUUCAAUGGGCAUUUUCACUUCUCCCCACUUCAGCUUUAGGGAAGUCAAGCCCUAAAAACCUCCACUGGCUGAGGUGCAUGUUUCCCUCUCCUAAUCUUGACACAGUAUUUGGAGAAGCAGCUUGCCUGCAUGAGAAAGACAUAAGAAGAUAAUGAUCGUUUUUUCUGGAUAUUGGGGGAAUACAGAACUCUUAAAAUAACUGAAGACCUUGAUGCACGUGCCAGCAAAGACAGAAGUACUGCUGUGCUGUCUAGUCAGCAAACAGUCCUUAAGGUAAAAUAGCAAACAGUCCGUAAGGUAAAAUAACAAUCACGGGAAGUUUGUCACAUCUUGGCAAGUUGUUUCUGCUAAGAGGUUGAAAUCUGCAGAAAUGGCUCCAAACAGCAAUAGAGAUUAUUAGUAUAAAUAGCUCAUUAAAAGAAAUACAAGGUGAAAGCAGAAAUACUUUGCAUGGGAGGCAGCUGCUGCUUCAAAGGGAGAGACAACAUUUCCUAAGUUUUUAUUUGCUAUUUCUACUGGUGCUAAGCAACUCAGGAAUAAGAACCCAGUUUCUGUUUGCCUUAAAGAGAAAUGUAAAUACGUUUUGCAUGUACUUGAAAUGUAUUGUGAAAAAUAAAGGU